CCAAAGGAUCGGACACAAGAAGAUAUUGUUGGUUAAUGACUGGUUUAAAUCGGUUAUUUAAUGAGUAACGGUUAAAUUCGGUUAACUGUCAUGUGUUGAUUAGAUCGAAAGCCUUCUAGAAGAUCUCCACAGCGUGCGUUAUACGAAGCUCCACAUCAUUUCUCAACCGCACGGUGAAUUCGAAGAUCACCGAUCGGAGACUCUCCACGCUUCAACGGUGGUUAUCCUCGUCGCUUAAAGUUCCGAUCUUUUUACCUUUUUAGCUCAACGAUAUCUAGAGUAAAGGAGAAGGAUGUCGACACCAGCGAGGAAGAGAUUGAUGAGGGACUUCAAGAGGUUGCAGCAAGACCCGCCCGCUGGCAUCAGCGGUGCUCCUCAAGACAACAACAUCAUGCUCUGGAAUGCUGUUAUAUUUGGGCCUGAUGAUACACCAUGGGAUGGAGGUACUUUCAAACUCUCACUGCAGUUUUCAGAAGAUUAUCCGAACAAACCACCAACUGUUCGGUUUGUUUCACGGAUGUUCCAUCCAAACAUUUAUGCUGAUGGGAGUAUAUGCUUGGACAUUCUCCAAAACCAGUGGAGUCCAAUUUAUGAUGUCGCUGCUAUACUUACCUCCAUCCAGUCAUUGCUCUGUGAUCCUAAUCCGAAUUCUCCUGCGAAUUCCGAAGCGGCACGAAUGUUCAGUGAAAGCAAACGCGAGUACAACAGAAGAGUCCGCGAGGUUGUGGAGCAAAGCUGGACUGCUGACUAAGUAGUAAUAAUCUUUCUUGUAGCAUUUUGUCUUGAGAAACAUUGAACCUUCUCUCUCUCUCUUGUGUUUGAUUCCACCAAUACUUCCCUCUCUCUCUCUCUGUUUUACUUUCCUGUCUUUUUGUUUGUUUUUAAACUCUAUUGAUUUGUUUCUUUUGAUGUUUCCAUGUCUUUCCAUGUAUUAUCUUAACCACAUCCCUCUUCAUUCUCUACA